AUGUACGGAACACCGCACUGGGCGCAUAGUCCUCUUCAAGACGGCACCACCGUUCUCCUAUCCUGUCUUUUGGCCAUCGUUUCCGUCGUGGCUAUUCUUGCUGUUGUCAUUAUCUCCAUCUACUUCAAACAACGCAUGCAGAAGAGCAUCUACGACGAAGUCCUCACCGCAAUCAAAGACGCCGGCUCGGCAGCGAAUAACAAGAACACCGAAAAGGAAUAUGAGAAUGACCAACCUGCUAAAUCCUUUGCUUCUUACAAUGGCACCACUGUUUAA